UUGAGCCCCAUAGUUGAGUUCCGUUUAUGGUCUGAUUUCCGGCCCCUAGCCUGCUCGCCCGGCCGCCCGCCUGUCCCGCUCCCUCCCUCCGUGGGACCCGGAGGACUGGGGACCAUGCCGGAGCCCGGGCCGGACGCCUCGGGCACUGCCAGCGCGCCGCCCCCGCAGCCGCCACCCCAGCCUCCCGCGCCCAAGGAAUCCCCGUUCUCCAUCAGGAACCUGCUCAACGGAGACCACCACCGGCCGCCCCCGAAACCUCAGCCGCCCCCACGAACGCUCUUCGCGCCGGCCUCGGCCGCCGCCGCCGCGGCCGCCGCUGCCGCCGCCGCAGCCAAAGGUGCCCUGGAAGGUGCCGCGGGCUUUGCGCUCUCGCAGGUGGGCGACCUGGCUUUCCCCCGCUUUGAGAUCCCAGCGCAGAGGUUUGCCCUGCCCGCGCACUACCUGGAGCGCUCCCCGGCCUGGUGGUACCCCUACACCCUGACCCCCGCCGGCGGCCACCUCCCGCGACCAGAAGCCUCGGAGAAGGCCCUCCUGCGAGACUCCUCCCCUGCGUCCGGCACCGACCGUGACUCCCCAGAGCCUCUGCUCAAGGCUGACCCCGACCACAAGGAGCUGGACUCCAAGAGCCCGGACGAGAUCAUUCUGGAAGAGAGCGACUCAGAGGAAGCCAAAAAAGAAGGCGAGGCCGUGUCUGGCGCGGCAGGGACGACUGUAGGGGCGACUUCGGCGACUCCGGGCUCAGAGGACUGGAAGGCGGGAGCCGAGAGUCCCGAGAAGAAGCCCGCGUGCCGCAAGAAGAAGACGCGCACGGUCUUCUCCCGCAGCCAGGUCUUCCAACUCGAAUCCACCUUCGACAUGAAACGUUAUCUGAGCAGCUCGGAGCGUGCUGGCCUGGCCGCGUCGCUUCACCUCACCGAGACGCAGGUCAAGAUCUGGUUCCAGAAUCGUCGCAACAAGUGGAAGCGACAGCUGGCGGCCGAGCUGGAGGCUGCCAACCUGAGCCACGCCGCAGCGCAGCGCAUCGUGCGCGUGCCCAUCCUUUACCACGAGAACUCUGCCGCCGAGGGGGCGGCGGCGGCCGCGGGGGCCCCGGUACCGGUCAGCCAGCCGCUGCUCACCUUCCCGCACCCAGUCUACUACUCGCACCCAGUGGUCUCGUCCGUGCCGCUGCUACGGCCGGUGUGAGACCCGAGAGGGGAGAGGGAGUGAGCACCGGGCCACCUUUCCGGGACCCCGGAGGAGACUGGGCUGGGCCAAGGGCGCCGAGGUGUGGCCAGCGGCCUUGUGAACCGGGCUUGGGCUCACUGCCUUGCCUCCUACCCCCCAAUAGCAUUUUGUAAGUAUUUGCAAUGUAUUUUCGUGCAAUUCAUUCCUAUGAAUUUGAGGCGCUUCUCCUCUUAUUUUUGGUUCUGCUUACCAUUGAGAGAAAACGGGGUGGGAGGGCGACGAAAUUACCAGGUCAAAACUUCCAACUGCAAGUUUUUUGAUAAAUGUGCAGCCCUCCCCUUAAAUUUCCGUUGCGCUGUGGCUUUUUUUUUUUAGGGGGGGUAUUUUUACAGAAGGAAAAUAAGCACGGAACCCUGCUUCCUUUAGUUUAUUCAUUUCCUAUAGAACUGUCUUCAAAAUCCGGAGAGAGAAUGCAUAUUUUGAAUUCAUAUUUAUUUCUGGAUAUCUGGGUAUGGUUCUUCUUUUCCCACCCCUAAUCAGCUAUACCAUACACACACACCCCGGUUUUUCAAAAUCUAAGUAACCUCUGGUGGGAUCCCUACUCGGCCGGUCGAUCUGCGACAGUUAACGUCAUUCGUCUCAGUUCGUAACUUAAGAAUUCUCUAACCAAACGUUUAAAAGGAAAAGACAAAAGCCCCAAAUUAGACCUUUAAAAAUUGGAACAACCCCACAUCUGGCUGGGUUCCAGUGCUCUUAUUUAUCACUAGCAUUUAUUUAGUGGUAUGUCACUGGUCCGAAAAUUGUUACUUAGCAUCACUAUGACUACUGUGUUACCUGCUUGAGAAAUUGUUUUCCAUUUUUUUUUUUUGGUAGGAAAAAAAAUACAUUUUAUCCUUUCCCAUUUUUACUUUGCCGCAACUAUUGUGCUUUGACCUGUGCAAUAGUGUCCAAAAUCUCCCAGGAGCCCUGCCCCUUCCCCUGUAGGGAUCAAGACCACCAUGCCCCAGCAUAAUCAUUAAUGUAGAGGGAAGAUUCAGCAGGGGAGAGUGGGGAGGAAAAAGCAAGCUAGGGUGGCAAUGUUCAGAGGAGUAAGCCAGGCAGAGUGGAGCGCUUUAAGUGAAGGACAAUCAACGUAGGAGAAUCUUAACUUAUUUGAUAAAUGUACAGUUUUCUUGUAAAGUUCACCCUCAACUCCACAGGGCCUCUUGCUCUGUUUUCCCGUUGGCUACACCUGUUGUUCUGUCGUUCCUGAGUAGUCUGUUUCCCCUUCCCUCCCUGUCCUCUGCUAGAGUCCCCUCCCUUUUUAAGAAAACAAAGCAA